CAUUGGUCGCUUGAACAAGUGGAUUUUGCGCUAGCAUGCCUGUGGCCGUCUCGUCGCUGCAUGCGCUCGUCGCCGAGAUGCGCGAUGCGCUCGCGUCGCAUGCCCUCGACCGCCUUCGCGUCUGGUCGACCAGCGGCCUCGGUCGUUGCUUCCUCGGCAUUGCGGGCUUUCUCGAGUAUGCAAUGCACGAGCUCUCGGCCUUUACAAAGGGCCGCGCCCAGGACGACGAACGCACGAUUGCGCGCAUGCACGAGAUCUUGAUGCUCGUGGCCGACGUCAUUAUGGACGAAGACAACUGCGUCCAUGCAGCGCAGCUGGGCAUGCACUUUGUCCUGAUGAAGCUCCUCAUGCACGAGCACGAGUUGAUCCAAGAUGGCGCGUCGGCGGUGGUCGUCAACUGCUCGUCCAAGAAGGCCAAUACGUCCGGCGUCAACACGUCGUUUCCCUUCAAAACGCUGCCGCUCGAGCCCCCGACACGCGCGUGGCCGCUUCUGCAAGCGCUGCCAGCCGAUGCCCGGGACGAAGAGGAUCAAGUGGUGCUCAUUCGCGCGGUCAAGACGCGCAUGACGGGCCAGCCAAAGACGGGGUACCUCUUGUGGGGCGCGGCUGUCAUUUUGGCCCGCUGGGUCCACCUCAACCGGGAGCUCUUCCACGAGCGCAGCGUGCUUGAAGUCGGCAGCGGGCUCGGCCUCAGCGGCAUCGUGGCCGCCGCGUACAGCCAACAGAUGACCAUGACCGACUACCAGCAAGAUACGCUCGACGCGCUUCAAUACAACGUCGAUCUCAACUUUGACGCGACGGCGACGUCGCACGUGAGCAUGGAGCACCUCGAUUGGGAUCAUCUGGACCUUUCGGCGCCCAAGGUCGACAUUGUCAUGGCCAGCGACAUCAUUUGUGAGCCCAGCACGGCCGAAGGCUUUGCCAAUGUGGUGCGCCACCGACUCAAGCCCAACGGUGUCGCGUACCUUGUCAACGCCACGAGCCACAGUCGGUUUGGCGUGCUCCACCUGCAAAAGCUGCUCUUGGCACCGCCAUUUGUCACGACGAUCGUGCCGACGGUCUGGGACGCGAACGAGCACUACACGAUUCGACUGGCCACCCCCGAUGCAUAA